AUGCCGGAUAAGGUAGCGCCGGCGGAAAAGUUGGUGCUGUCGCAGUCCAAAGCUGCGAGAUCUAACAGCGACGAGGGUAUCAAAUUGAAAAAGGAGUUGGGUUUGUGGAACGGCGUGGCGAUCAUCGUCGGUAUCAUCGUCGGCGCCGGUAUCUUCGUGUCGCCCAAAGGCGUGCUUAGGAACAGUGGUAGCGUCGGCCAGGCUCUCAUUGUCUGGAUUUUCUCCGGGAUCCUGUCGCUUAUCGGAGCGCUAUGUUACGCCGAGCUCGGUACGAUGAUCCCCAAAUCCGGCGGCGAUUAUGCAUAUAUUAGCGAUGCCUUCGGACCUCUGCCAGCAUUCCUCUACCUUUGGGUUGCCUUAUUCAUCUUGGUACCAACAGGAAACGCAAUCACGGCCCUUACGUUUGCACAAUACAUACUGCAACCUGUAUGGCCUGGAUGCGAGCCGCCGUAUGCAGCGAUUCGACUACUCGCUGCUGUAAUCACAUGUCUGUUAACCGUCAUUAACUGCUAUAAUGUUAAAUGGGCAACUAGAGUGCAGGACAUCUUUACUGGCACCAAAAUCUUCGCUCUAAUAAUCAUUAUGGUAGCCGGUGUCUGGUGGCUCUGCAUGGGCCACACGGAAAACUUCCAAUAUCCGAUGUCUGGCACUAAUACUCAACCAGGUUAUAUCGCUUUGGCAGUUUAUUCCGGAUUAUUCUCCUAUUCAGGCUGGAAUUAUCUCAACUUCGUGACGGAGGAGCUAAAAGAUCCCUAUAAGAAUCUUCCGAAAGCGAUCUGUAUAUCACUACCAUUGGUGACAGUGAUUUAUGUUUUCGCGAACAUCGCCUAUUUCGUUGUACUCACACAGGAUGAAAUACUCGCAUCGAAUGCUGUAGCUGUUACCUUUGGCGAUAAACUACUGGGCGUUAUGUCAUGGAUCAUGCCGUUCUUUGUGGCAUGCUCGACUUUUGGAGCACUGAAUGGCGCGAUCUUCGCGUCGUCCAGGUUAUUCUUUGUCGGUGCCCGAAACGGACACCUCCCCACUGCCAUUGCUUUCAUUAAUGUUCGCAAUUUAACACCGAUGCCAUCCCUCAUCUUCCUCUGCAUUAUCACCCUGAUACUCCUCAUCAUAGAGGAUGUCUACGUACUAAUAAAUUAUGUCAGCUUCGUUGAGGCUCUAUUUACCACACUGUCCGUGUCUGGUCUAUUGUGGUUACGUUACAAAAAGCCCGAACUCCAUCGUCCGAUAAAGGUUUCUAUCAUUUUGCCAAUCAUUUUCUUCAUAAUCUGCGCAUUCUUGGUCACCUUACCAUGCUACGUCUCGCCAUGGGAAGUAGGCGUGGGUAUAAUCAUAAUCCUUUCUGGCAUUCCUGUGUACUGUAUAUUCAUCGAUUGGAAAACUAAGCCCGCCUGGCUCAUCAAUGCAUCCCAUAAAUUCAAUAUAGCAUGCGCAAAACUAUUCAUGUGCGUACAAGAAGAUAAGACGGAGUGAAUGCUCAAAACUCGCGCGCGCACGCGCGCGUACACACACACACAUAAUCUUUACGACAAACUCCGAACUGAGACAUUCGAAUUUAAGAGUGCAUUCCGCACGUGCCGUACUUUUUCUUAGAUAGAUAGAAUAUAUGUAUA